GGGGGUUGAGGGUGGGAGAGAGUACGAGAGGAGUCGAGCGAGAGGACUCGUGCUCGUACGAACGCAGGACGUAGCACGCAGGACAACAUAGUGCCUAUUGUGCGAGACCGUCUGUCACCUACGGGGUAUACCUUCGUGGAGCACCAUCGCCAUCGUCGCAGCUCGGCGACAUGGAGAAUACGGGGAAUCGGAGCAGUGCCGUCGAGAUGUCGCGGAAGAUCUCCGAGACAUGAAGAGAGCGCGACCGAGGAUCGCAUGGGUUUCUUUAAGUCGGGGCCGGCGGUAGCAGAGCCGUGAUCAAAAUGAACUUGAUAAACAUGGACGCGGAGAACCGCGUGGUUCUGAACGUGGGCGGAAUCCGGCACGAGACGUACAAGGCAACCCUGAAGAAGAUCCCGGCGACGAGGCUCUCGAGGCUGACCGAGGCCCUCGCCAACUACGACCCGAUCCUCAAUGAGUACUUCUUUGACAGACACCCGGGUGUCUUCGCCCAGGUACUCAACUACUAUCGCACCGGGAAGUUGCACUACCCCACGGACGUAUGCGGCCCGCUUUUCGAGGAAGAGCUCGAUUUCUGGGGUCUUGACUCGAAUCAGGUCGAGCCUUGCUGUUGGAUGACCUACACGCAGCACCGGGAUACGCAGGAAACGCUGACGGUCCUCGACAGGUUGGACCUCGACACUGAGAGGCCCACCGACGAGGAACUGGCCAGGAAAUUCGGUUUUGAGGAAGCAUACUACGAGGGAAGUCUCACGUGGUGGCAGAAGCUCAAACCUCAGAUGUGGUCACUUUUCGAUGAACCUUAUUCCUCCGUCGCAGCUAAGGUAAUCAGUAUAGUCUCCGUUUUCUUCAUCUGCGUUUCGAUACUUUCGUUCUGCUUGAAAACCCAUCCGGACAUGCGAGUGCCGAUGAUCGUGAAUCGUUCGGUAAAGACUGACAACGUGACGUCCUGGGUGGUAGACAAGACUCGCACCAACGCCCAUGAUGUCUUCUUUUACAUCGAAUGCAUCUGUAACGCCUGGUUUACUCUUGAGUUCUUGAUACGUAUUACCGCGAGCCCGAAUCGUUGCGACUUCAUCAAGAGCUCGGUGAAUCUAAUCGACAUGGUCGCGACCUUGAGCUUCUACGUCGACCUGGCGCUGCAGCGGUUUGCGGCCCACCUGGAGAACGCCGAUAUCCUCGAGUUCUUGAGCAUCAUACGCAUAAUGAGGCUGUUCAAGCUCACCCGCCACUCCUCGGGCCUGAAGAUCCUGAUACAGACCUUUCGCGCCUCGGCAAAGGAGCUCACGCUGCUGGUGUUCUUCCUCGUCCUCGGUAUUGUCAUCUUCGCUAGCCUCGUGUACUACGCGGAGCGCACCCAAUACAAUCCGAAGAACGACUUCAAGAGUAUACCCCUUGGUUUGUGGUGGGCCCUGGUGACGAUGACGACCGUCGGUUACGGGGACAUGGUGCCGAAAACGUACAUCGGGAUGUUUGUCGGCGCGCUCUGCGCGUUGGCCGGUGUCCUCACGAUCGCCCUGCCGGUGCCCGUGAUCGUUAGCAACUUUGCGAUGUAUUACAGUCACACGCAGGCGCGAGCCAAGCUACCGAAGAAGAGACGCCGUGUAUUGCCAGUCGAACAGCCACGUGUGAGGGCACCCGGCGCGCCGCCCGGCGUGGCCGGCGGACCCGGGACCGUCGGGCCCCCAGGAUGCGGCCAGCAAAUGUCGCACUUGCAGUCCACCGGGGGCACGGUUACCACUGGGCCCCACGGCCUCGGCAUGGGCAUGGGCAUGGGCCAGACGCCCGGCGUCGGAUGCACUGGCGGCGGCCAAGGACCGCAGAAUCGGAGAAUGAACGCCAUUAAGACGAAUCAUCCCAAGGAUCCGUUCGCCACGAAAACAGGUAGAUACGUAUGAUUUCGAAUUAUACGACAGCGACGUCGCCGACGACGACAUCGAAGUAACCGCUGCAGUUCACCACUGUCGUCGAAUUGUCUCCAUUAUAUUAUCGCUAAUUUUCUUAUCGUUAUCAUUAUGAAUUACGAAUUAUAAUUAUUAUACACGACGUAUAUAUAUAGAUAUAUGCGAAAUAGCUUGUAUAAAAGGAAGACUAAUGCGAUCUUGACCUCUUCGGAGGCAAGAUGACGAGCGCACGUUUCUUCUAGAAGAGCAAUUCGAGGUGAUGUUGUCAUCGUCGACAUUAUUGUAUUAACGACAUUAUAAUUUAUUCUUGUAACGUCAUUAUCGUUAUCGCUAACGAUUGCCGUGAUUGUCGUCGGCGCCUUUCGCAGCGGAAGCUACCAUCGUACAUACAUUAUAUAUAAAUAAUCGUUCUACCGCUAAUCUCGCGUUUGGGGAAAUCUCGACGUGAGAAAUCGGUGCCCCGUGAUUAAUACACUGCGUAUUGUAGCCGAUGAUCGUGACGGGUAAUCGAAUAAGAGAAAAAAAAAGAAGCGAGACACAA